AUGGAAUCGAAGGUGAUUACGUUGCUUACUUCACGGCCACUGUUGACCGUGGCUGAGGCGGCCAUGGAGCUUGGGCUGGCUCAUAGAGAAGUGCAACGGAUCUUCGCCUCCGUCGCUGCAUCACACGAGGGCGUCUACACACUACUGUCCAGCUCGGUCAAGGAAGCAGCCCACGGCAGCGCCACGGCGGUUGUAUUGCGCAAGGCAGAUCGCCUCGAGGAAGACGCCUCCGCGUACGCACUCCUAUCCUUGACAUACCCCACGAAUAUGUCAGCGUCGUCACUUCCGGUGCAGUUGCAUCCCUGCAGAGAGGUAUCGCUGCGCACGUAUCCAUUAGUUGCAAGGGGCGACAUGGAAACCCGCGCUGCCGCGACAGCUCCGCCUGUCGCCGCCGCUGUGCCAACGGCAACGGAGCUGACAAGAACAGAAGGCAUUAAACCUGCGGCGGCAUCGUUGUCUGUUGCUACUGCAGUCGCACUGACAAUACCCCCACUAGCGCAGGACGAACCGCCUCGAAGCACGCCGGCCCCUGCGACUGUGACACUUCCCAAGGAAGAGACGGCGGCGCGAACGCCGUCGCCGAAGCCGACUCUCUUCGAUAAGAUGAAGCAGGGGGCGGCGGCUACAAGGCGCCCUCGCACGGAGGAGGCGUCCUCUAAACCGCUGCGUCAACCAGCGAAACCGAAAAAAGUGGCGAAGACGGAGAACACGACGAGUUUGGCCAAGCUGGCGCGUGCGUCGAGGAGGAAGAGCGGUGGCCCCUCUGCAGCCGCAGGCGCCAGCACCGCGCCGUCCUCUGUGCGCUUUCUCGACGACGACGAGGAUGCGACGACUCACUUUGGCCAGAACGAGAGCAGCAGCAGCAGCCAUUCAGAGGCCAUCGCGAAGGAAGAGCUGCCCAUCUUUGACGUGGUCGAGGUGCCUGCCUCAAACGACGAGGUUAUCAUGUGUGACGACGCCCCACCGCUCGCAUUCCGCCCAGCAGCGCAGCGACUCUCUCCACUGAUACCAACUCCUACCAAGAAGGGGCCUCUGGCCAAGAAGGCGACCUCAGCCGCAGUGGCGGCAGAGACAGGUGCAGCACAGUGCAAGCUUAGCACCUUCUUCAACGUCGCUGUCGUCGAGUUCCAGAAAGCGUACGUGCGCGAGAUGCAGACGGAAAUGAAGGUGGAAAACGGCGAGUUUGUCUGCUGUGAUGUACCCCGUUACAAGCACAGCGCCACAGGAGAGGUGAUUAGUGAGGGCGAGUAUCACCAGCGCACCGCGGCGUUGGUCCGAAGCAAGUCGCAAGACUCCGCCGGAAGCACCCCGAAUCAGAAGUCCGCCGGCGCCUCUGUCGAGUCACCACCGUACCCGGCUGCAGCGCCGAAGACGGGUUCGCGAGGCACUCCACAGAGGUCGGCGACGCAAGAGAAAACGGCAGCGGCGCCGGCCAAGACGCUUCACUCCUUCUUCAAGACUUCCUCGACCUGA